AUGAGUCCUAUUGGCAGAAGGAGAAUCGAAAAGAAAAUGGAUAACUCUGAUGAUGCUAGGGUUGUUUCACACUCCAAACUCGAGAUGUUGUUAUACGUCGCUGCCAUGGUUUACGAUCAAGAGUACGGUACUCACGCUGAAGACAGAUCAAAGACCAUUGGCGAAGUAGAAACAGAGGUAGAAGCAAGAAUCUUUGGGGGUAGUGUUCCGAGAAAGAGUAGAAGUCGCCGAUCAUCUUCUUCUCGCAAGAUGGUAACGACACCGUGGACGCGUGUGAUCGAACGACAGAGAUCGGAACUACAAAACCCAAAUGCAGAAUCGGAACCUUCGUCCUCUUCUUGCGUAACCCAGAUCAAGAAACGUCGUCAUGAUCAGAUUGACGUGGAAGAGAGAAGCCGCAAGAAACUCAAAAAAACCGUUCGUGGUUUAGAGGUAGAACCAAUUCAAACGAGUCCGCCGGAGUGGCUUUUGAACGUGAUGAGGAGAGAAGAGAACGGCUACAAUCCAAAGCUGAUCUCAACGAGGAAACUGUAUCAGACUGAUCUCGACAAGCUUCAAGCACGCCUCUCAGUUCCUUUUAGACAAGUGAAAAAUCACGACUUUUUGACAGAGCAGGAGACGAUAGUCAUACACGAAAAUGCGAUGAAGACUCGUGAGGAAGGUGUGAGUGUGGAUUUGGUGGAUCCUGAGAUGAAGAAGCAUGCCCUUGAAUUGAGGAAGUGGAAGAUGGUUGGAAACUGGAACUAUGUCUUAUGUAAAGGUUGGAAAAAUGUGGUUUCUGCUAACAGGUUUGAGGUUAACGACGUCUUUCCUCUCUGGUCUUUCCGAUCUGGAAGAGGUAAACUCUGUUUUGCUCUCGUCCCUCCUCCUACGGCUAGCGACGGCGCUUCUACUUCUGGUGAAUCUAGCCACGGAUGCUCUUCUUUUGACGAUUCUCCCCAUCUCUGA